AUAGUAACAAGGCACCGGAAGUAAUCGCUGCAGGGAAGCGUUUAUAAGCUGUUCUGAUCGAACCGCUGUUCUCGCGCGCCUCAGGUCACCAUGUCGCGCCCACGUCAGCCACCGCUGGUCACGGGCAUCUCGCCCAAGGAGGGGACAGCCUGGACCAAAGUCACCAUCCGCGGAGAAAACCUAGGCAUGGGCCCCACCGAUCUCGUUGGUCUGUCGAUCUGUGGCCAUAACUGCAUGCUGACAGCCGAGUGGAUGUCAGCCAGCAAAAUAGUGUGCCGUGUGGGUCCUGCCAAAGACGACAAGGGAGAAAUCAUCGUCACCACCAAGUCCGGGGGUCUCGGCACCUCAACGGUCUCAUUCAAACUGCUCAAACCGGAGAGGAUUGGUAUCCUGGAACAGUCAGCGGUGUGGGUGGAUGAGAUGAACUACGACAUGAGGAGGGACCGCAACAAAGGACUCUCCCCCCUCUCCCUGGGUCCCGGCAACCCACUGGGCAUCGAGAUGGACAAAGGCAACGUCCCACACAAAGACCUGGAACCAAUAUUCCCAGGAAUGAGUGCAGACUUCACCAGUGAGAACUUCUGUGCAACCUGGUACCUCAUCGAAAACCACGCAGGGACCAGUUUUGAGCACCUGAAGGCUGCAGGCAAUAAUCUGAAAAAACAAGCUACAAAGAAGAACGAGGGAAGUCUGGGUUACGUGAAAGGAGGCCUCAGCACGUUCUUCGAGGCUCAGGAUGCUCUGUCAGCUAUCCACCAGAAGCUGGAAUCUGACGGCACGGAGAAGGUGGCGGGAUCCAUGACCCAGCGAUUGGAAAACAUUCUCAACCGCGCGAGCGAUACCGCAGAUACUCUCUUCCAGGAGGUCUUGGGACGGAAAGACAAGGCUGACUCCACACGCAAUGCUCUCAACGUCCUGCAGCGUUUCAAGUUUCUCUUCAACCUGCCACUCAACAUCGAACGCAAUAUCCAGAAGGGAGAUUACGAUGUGGUGAUCAAUGACUACGAGAAAGCCAAAUCUCUGUUUGGCAACACGGAAGUGAUUGUUUUCAAAAAAGUGUACGCUGAGGUGGAGACGAGAGUCGAAGCUCUGAGGAGGCUCCUGCUGGAGAAGCUGCUGCAGACGCCGUCGACGCUUCACGACCAGAAAAGAUACAUCAGGUACCUGUCGGACCUGCAUGCCCCAGGUGACCCGGCGUGGCAGUGUAUCGACGCUCAGCACAAGUGGAUCCUGCAGCUGAUGCAGAACUGCAGAAACGACUUCAUCAGCGGCCAAAGAGUGGGGGUUGGAGCUCUGGACUUGGAGGGGGACACCCGCUCCUCCGCCCUCGGCCGAAUCAGCCACUCAGCGUCUCUGAAGAGAGGGGGCAGCCUCCGAUCGCAGCGACCCAGCACUUGGUGCUUUGAAACUCCACAGCCAGUGCAGUUUGUGGAGAAGCUUUCAGAUGUGGUGAUCGGACAGCUGCCAAACUUCUGGAAGCUUUGGAUCUCCUACGUUAACGGGAGUCUUUUUAGUGAGACCGGAGAGAAAUCUGGCCAGGUGGAAAAGUCCAAGAAGAACGCCAGACAGAGACAGAACGACUUUAAAAAAAUGAUCGAAGAGUUAACCAACAGACUGGUGAAGCUCAUCCGAGGGGCUCUGCUCCCCACCACUCUGCCACGAGGGGAGCUGAGCGUGUAUGGAGGCUGGGAGGACAAGACGGAGCUGACGGGAGCCUGGCUGACGCAGAUCAUUCACACCGUCAGGGCUUGUCACGAAGCUCUGUCGGCUCUGGAAAUCCCCAACGAUUUGCUGCAGGUGAUCCAGGAUCUGCUGCUGGAGCUGAGGGUUCACUGUCUCAUGAUGACCCUGCUGCUCACGACAGAAGCUGUGAAGAGGCUCGCUGAGAAGGAAGAUUGGGUUGUAGAUAACGAGGGAACCAGCAGUCUGCCCUUCAAGUUCGAACAGUGUACGGUUCAGAUGCUGCAGUCACUCAGAGAGCCUUUAGAGAUCAAACCUGGAGAAAUGAAUGUGCUGCAGUUAGACCAGGUCCAGGACCAGGCCACUGAGCUCAGCAUUAGCAUCAUGAAGACUUUUGUAAACUGCUUGGAGCGGCUGAGCACAAACACAGAUGGAUACUUUGAUGCGUCCCACUCUGUUUCAGUGGACCUGUCCUCUCCAGAUCGAUUUUCUACCGUCCAAGAAGGCUUCAAUCCAACAUCUGAGCAGCGUCUGCUCAUCGUCCUCAGUAACUGCCAGUACCUGGAGAGACGCACCUUCCUGAACCUGGCCGAUCACUUUGAGAAACACGGCUUCACGGGGACGGAGAAGAUCACUCGGGUCGAGGCUGAAAGUCGAUAUUGGAUGAUCGUGAUCUUCGGGCCCUCAGGGGCCACUGCAUCGUCAACAGAUCUGGUUCUGUUCUGGGCUCAGGAACACUUCCACAGAUCAUUUGCCAGCUUCAAACUGGCUCUGGACUCCCUGCCUCAGCUGCACAGCGGAGCUGAUAAGAAGUUACUGGAGGAGCUGCUGAACACGUUUAAGAGCAGCAUGCAGCUGCAGCUCACCUGCUUCCAACCCUCCAACGUCCAGCCUGUCAAGAGAUAAGCCUCCAUCACUUCGCCGUAUCAACUUUGUCGUUUUGUUCUUGUCUGUGCAAUCAGCCAGUGAAUCUGCUCAGUUAUCGCUUUAUUAAUUAGUGUCACUUUCAUUUUCUGCUUUACUGGAUGACACAAACGUCUGUAGCUAAUCUUGAAGACACUAAAUGAGUGGAUUUCAUUGUUACUGUGCAGGACAGGCCCUGUUCUGUGGGUUAUGCUAAUCGUGCAGACCAGUAAGAAGUGGUUCACACGCAGAGGGAAUGUGGGGUUCUUGUGUGUUUCCAGAAAGUUCUGGAUCAGCAGUGGGAUGUGGAGUCUCCUCUCUGACUGGAUUU